ACAUAUAUAUAUACAUGGAAGAAGAAGGUAGGAACCCAUCCCGCAAGUCCUCGGAAAUCUAAGAAUACAAGUCGCCUGGACUACGAGCAGAGAAAGAGAAAGUAAACAGAAUGGCCAACACCACCGCCAUGAAGGCUUGAACAGAGAGAAGAAGAUAAUAGAAAGGCAAGCCAGUAUAUAAGAAGAACCUCACAACAGCAUAUACUAAGCACAGCCUGUGACUUUAAUCAAGCAAUCGCAUCGUUCCCAAUUUGGGUUCUUCCUCUUCUUCCCCUCACUCACAACAGAGUCACAGACACAGACAGCUAAUUAAUGGCUUCUUCUGACCUCUCCACCAUUCUUCCAAGGGUCCUCAUCGUCUCCCGAAGAAGCGUUCGCAAGAACAAGUUUGUUGACUUUGUGGGUGAAUAUCAUCUCGAUCUCAUAGUAAGUUAUGGGGCGGUGCCUGUAAUUGUCCCAAGAGUCGCCGGAGUUCACACCUUAUUGGACAGCUUCGAGCCAAUCCAUGGAGUUCUACUCUGUGAAGGUGAAGACAUAGACCCUUCACUCUAUGACACUCAGCUCUCUGGCCUUUCCCCUGAGGAGCUAGAAGAGAUCAGGAGAUCCCAUGUGAGUGAUACAGAUAUCGACAAAGAGAAGGAUACCAUAGAACUGAGGCUUGCCAAGCUCUGCCUUGAAAGGAACAUACCCUACUUGGGGAUCUGUCGAGGAUCACAGGUCCUUAACGUUGCUUGUGGGGGAUCCCUUUAUCAAGAUAUUGAGAAAGAACUCUCCAAGAAUCACUCGGAAGGAGAAAAAGUGGUACACAUUGACUAUGAUAACUAUGAUGGGCAUCGUCAUAAGGUGAAGGUAGUGAAGAACACCCCAUUGGAUGCCUGGUUCAGGGAUUCUCUAGAGGAAGGGAAGAUGGAGAUUUUGGUUAACAGCUACCAUCAUCAAGGUGUCAAGAGAUUAGCCCAAAGGUUUGUUCCAAUGGCUCAUGCUCCAGAUGGUUUGGUUGAAGGGUUCUAUGAUCCUGAUGCUUAUAAUCCCCAUGAGGGUAAGUUCAUAAUGGGACUCCAAUUCCAUCCAGAGCGUAUGAGGCACCCUGGGUUGGAGGAUUUCGAUUAUCCUGGUUGUCCAUCAGCAUAUCAGGAAUUUGCGAGAGCAGUGAUUGCUUACCAAAAGAAACUGAAUAGCUCAAUAAGUAUGCCAAAAGGUCUGAAACUUGAUCAAGAGAUGGAAAAGAAAAGAAGCAUCAUUGUUCGAAGUUUCUCCAUUGCCAAAGAGAUGUACACUGCAGGGCGUGAGAUGCCUCCGGAUAAGUGUGACCUUGAAGCUGGAGCUGAAUUUCUCCAGUCGAAUACAGCUUUGAGUGCACAACAAGAGAAGAGGUUGAAACAGAUGGGUGCAACAGUAAGGAAUGCUCAUGCAUACCUUGAAAGAUUGAAGUUGAAUGAAGAGAGGGAGACGCUAGCCAGGAAUGUAAUGGGGAAGAUGUCAAUGGAGCAAUUGUCUGAUCUCAUGUCCUUUUAUCAUAUGAUGGGGAAAAUCUGUUCAGAGGUUUUAGAGAAGAAGGUGGACAGCCAGUGCCUUCUCAACUGAGAAUUAAUUAUUUGACUAUUUUCUUUGCUCACGAAUAGUUGUGGAAAGGACAUACAGCUUUGCCUCUCCGUUUCUUGUACCCUUUUGGAUGGGGGGUAGGAAAAUUUUGUGAGAUUUGGAAGAGGUGGAAAAGAUGUAGCUGCCUUUCUAUUCUGAUGGCCCAUCUAGCUUUCCAUUUGUGUCUAGUUACUUAUUAGGUUGUGUUUGGUAGUC